UAGGAGCACAGACAAUGGGCGCCUCUUCUCAUACAGACGUGUCGUUCCGUGCGGCCACGUCUCUGGAUUUUAACAAGCCGAGCGACUUGCAGAACGCUUCAGGGGGGUCUUGAACAACUGUUCGUGCUCACAGGGAAGAGAGUAAGCAAUGGUUGUUCUUGCUGCUUCGAUAUGCACGAAAGGAGGGAAGCCCGUCAUUUCGCGGCAAUUCCGCGACAUGACGCGAGAGCGCAUUGACUCGCUCCUCGCCUCCUUCCCCAAGCUCAUCCCUACCGGCACCCAACACACAUCUGUCGAGACCGAGGACGCUCGCUAUGUCUACCAGCCGCUCGAGGACCUCUACAUCCUCCUCAUCACCAACAAGGCGUCCAAUAUCCUCCAGGACAUCGACACGCUUCACCUAUUCGCUCGCGUCGUCUCGGACAUGUGCCGCAGCGCCGAGCAGCGCGAGAUCCUCAAGAACGCGUUCGAGCUCCUCGGGGCGUUCGACGAGAUCGUCAGCCUCGGCUACCGCGAGCAGGUCAACCUCGUCCAGGUGCGCAACAUUCUCGAGAUGGAGAGUCACGAGGAGAGAAUCCAGGAUAUCAUCGCGCGGAACAAAGAAGCAGAGGCGAAGGAGGAGCUCAAGCGGCGCGCGAAGCAGCUCGAGAUGCAGCGCCGGGAACAACAACGACGCGCUGCGUCCGCUGGUCCUGGAGCGGGGAGCUACCUCGGUGGAGGCAUCACGGGCUACGCACCGGUACCACAACGCUACGACACGGCGCCCGUUACAAGUGCCCGCACGUCCUCUCCAGCGCCAUCGUCCCUCCGCGCGCCUGCGUUCAAGGGCAGCGGCAUGAAGCUCGGGGGCAAGAAGACGCGACAGGCGGAGCUACUCGACGCUCUCGGGACAGAAGCUUUACUCUCAGAGGAUAUGUCAACGCCCAGCACGCCGAACGUUGCAAGCACGCCAGAGCUUCAGGCGCCGCCGAAGGAUGAACGAGGUAGUCUGCCUGUCGUCACACCAGAAAGCGUUCACGUCGUCGUGCGGGAGACAAUCAACGCCGAGAUGUCGCGCGACGGCGGGCUGAACGACCUCGAGCUAAAGGGCGACAUGAACUUGCAUAUCAGCGAUCCCGCCCUCGCACGCGUGCGGCUCGCGCUCGCUCCUCCGUCCACAAACUUUGGCCCCGAACUACAGUUCAAGCAACAUCCGAACGUCGCCAAGUUUGUCGCGAAUCGCGAGCGUGUCGUCGCACUCAAGGAUCCCGCGCGAAGUUUCCCCGUCGGCCAGCCCCUCUCGGUGCUCAAGUGGCGGUAUAAGGGGAAGGACGAGACAUAUGUCCCGCUGUCCAUCAACUGCUGGCCGACGCCUUCGAAUGAUGGGACGUGCGAGGUAAAUAUCGAGUAUGAGCUCGAGAACGAAGGCCUUGCACUGCACGACGUGGUCAUCUCCAUUCCGUUACCAGACGGCUCAUACCCUACCGUAUCCUCGCACACAGGUGACUGGGCACUCAACCCGUCGAGCCACUCGCUCGAUUGGUCGAUCCCGCUCGUGAACGCGGAGGAGCGCUCAGGCUCGCUCGAGUUCACGAUCAACGGCGACGAUCCGGGCGCGUUCUUCCCUGUACGUGUCGCAUUCGUGAGCGAGGGCAGCAUCGCAGGCGUGCGCGUCGCGGGCGUCACACGAGCGGAAGGCGGUGAGGAGGUCGUGUUCUCGGAGGAUGCGACGGUGCAUGUCGAAAACUAUUCCGUUGUUUGAGUACUAUCAUCACAGAUUUUCGUGGUGUUUAUGUACUUGACGAGGACGGAAGCAGUGAUAUCUUCCCGUCAGGCUCAUCGUUUUCUCAACUCGGUCAAUUGAUGAGGGUCCAUCUUACGUUUGCGCCUGUAUCAAUAUUGCUGCGGUUCUUCCUGGAAUGGGUGCUGCUGUCGCAACGUUGACAAAUUGAUUGCCGACUGCACCCAGAAAUCGCAAUGAAAUGAUCAAUUGUAUACAGUAAAAGGU